UUGUAUAUGUUAAAAACCAAGUGUUUGAAGAUUUACAUAAGAAAAUGGAUCAAAGCUUGUUAUGGCCGGUGAAAUACACCGAACACAAAAGAAUCACCAAAAAAAUCAUCAAACCCAAACACAUGAACCCUAAAAAGCAACCCACCGAAUCAAUCAGAAAAAUCCAAGAAACCCAUCAUCAGAAUUUCAAUUUCCCCAAAACCGUCAGAAUUUCCGUUACUGACCCUGACGCCACUGAUUCCUCCAGUGACGAAGAGGAGGACGACCACCUUUUCCGCAGGCAACGUGUCAAGAAGUACAUCAGGGAAAUCAGACUGGAGACAGCUGUCACUCCUACUCCGAACUGCAGGAACCGAACCGUAGAGAUUCUCCACUCCAAACCCAAGCCCAUGAAGCCUGUCAAGGAGGCGGCUCCCGCCGCCGGCCCCAGGAAGUUCCGGGGCGUCCGCCAGCGGCCCUGGGGGAAGUGGGCCGCCGAAAUACGGGACCCUUCUAGAAGGGUCCGCCUCUGGUUGGGUACCUACGACACCGCCGAGGAGGCGGCGAUGGUUUACGACAACGCCGCCAUUAAGCUCCGUGGACCGGACGCUCUCACCAACUUCAUCACCCCGCCGCCGUCGGCCAAGGAGGCUUCGCCGGAGACCAACGUGACGUCAGUUUCCGGCUACGACUCCGGCGACGAGUCGAAUAACCUCUCCUCUCCCACUUCUGUUCUCCGCUACAGAAGUAGUAAUAAUCACUCAAAUGAAGAGACGGAGCAAACCGGGCUCACCAGUCAAUCGAGCCACGACUACACCGAACCGGACCGGUCCGGUCCGAUUCGCGGCUCGGCUAGAGAAGACGAACCGUCCGGUUCGUGCGACGGUUACUUCAUGGGCUCGGUGGAAAACAUUGGGCCCGGCCCGGUUCAUGGGGUAUCUUGGGAAAUGGAGGAAUGUCAAGGUGAAACGAGUAUGGUGAUAAAUGAUUAUUUGCCGAUGGACAUUCCGUUUCUAGAUGAUUUCUUCAAUUUUCAACCGAAAGACGAGCCCUUGUUCGACGAUUCACCGAGCUUCUUCAACGGCUUAGAUGAUUUCACAAUGUGCAUCGAUGAUUUUCCACCUCUCGAUUUGUCCCAACAGCAAAGGGCUAAUUACUUCGGAGAUAUUAAGGAUUCAUUUCAAGAACUUGAUUCACUUGAAGUUGAGGAUUAUUUUCAAGAUUUAACCGAUUUUGGUGGCGUUGAUGCACUCUUAGCCAUAUGAAUCAUCAUUAUGCAAAAAUAAUUAUUAAAAAAAAAAUUAUCUAUUUUUUUUUAUUAUUAUUAUUAGUAAAAUUAGCCAGUCUUGCCGAUUAAAAAGGCAAAUUUUGUUGACUGGCUAAAUCGGCUUGUAUUAGUUUUUAUUAGUUAUUAUAAUUAU